UUGGAUGGUGCGUGUGGGUGUCGGAGCCAGCCAGAGGCGGCGGCGGCGGCCGGGCAGCCAGACCCCCGCGCCCCGCUCCCAGCCCCGCGGCGCAGGCGGCAGCAGGUUAUGGUUUCCUGUGUCUUGCACCUUUUUCUUGAAGGGAGGAAAUGAUCUUAGCAGAACAUGUUUCAAAUUGAUCACUGAUACAGAGUCUUCAGUCCAGAAACGUGCAUUGGGGGAAAAACAAUUAAUCUCUGAAGGUUUUUAAAGUUUGUCCUAUUAAAAGGGGGGAGAAAAUGACGACUUCGUCUAUUAGACGGCAAAUGAAAAACAUUGUGAACAAUUAUUCAGAGGCCGAAAUAAAAGUUCGGGAAGCAACUUCCAAUGACCCCUGGGGUCCAUCUAGUUCCUUAAUGACUGAAAUAGCAGAUCUGACUUACAAUGUGGUAGCCUUUUCUGAAAUUAUGAGCAUGAUCUGGAAACGGCUGAAUGACCAUGGCAAAAACUGGCGGCAUGUGUAUAAGGCCCUUACUCUGUUAGAUUACCUGAUUAAAACAGGCUCUGAGAGGGUGGCACAGCAAUGUAAAGAGAAUAUUUUUGCUAUUCAAACACUGAAGGACUUCCAAUAUAUUGAUCGAGAUGGUAAGGACCAGGGCAUCAAUGUAAGGGAGAAGUCCAAGCAGCUGGUCUCUCUUCUGAAGGAUGAUGAGCGACUCAAGACAGAGAGGGCCCAAGCCCUGAAGACCAAAGAGCGUAUGGCUCAGGUGGCCACUGGAGUUGGUAGUAACCAGAUCACAUUUGGCCGAGGUUCCAGUCAGCCUAAUCUAUCCACUAGCUAUUCAGAGCAAGAAUAUGGCAAAUCUGGAGGUUCUCCUGCAUCUUACCAUGGCUCUACAUCCCCUCGAGUUUCUUCAGAGCUAGAGCAAGCACGACCUCAGACAAGUGGAGAGGAAGAGCUCCAACUGCAGCUUGCAUUAGCAAUGAGCAGAGAAGUUGCAGAGCACGAGGAGCGCCUCCGACGUGGAGAUGAUCUGAGAUUACAGAUGGCUCUGGAGGAGAGUCGCAGAGACACAAUUAAAAUUCCCAAAAAGAAGGAGCGCACAACUUUGUUGGAUCUCAUGGAUGCACUGCCCUCAUCAGCACCAGCCCCUCCGAAAACCGAAACCUGGGGACCCACAGCUGGAACAAACCAAACAGACCCCUGGGGAGGAUCUGCAGCUGCAGCUACCACCUCUGACCCAUGGCAAUCAUUUGGUGCCAAGCCAGCUACUUCUGUUGAUCCAUGGGGAGCACCAACUGGAUCCGCUACUCAGUCUCUCUCCAAAAAUGUAGACCCUUGGGCUCCUUCUCAGUCAUCCUCUGUAGCAACAAAAGCUACUGUAGAUCCAUGGGGACCAGCAGCUGCAAACAAACCUAUUUCCACCUCUGGAAGCACAUCAUUUGACCUUUUCAGUAAUUUGAAUGGUACAGUUAAAGAUGACUUUUCUGAAUUUGACAACCUUCGAAAUUCCAAAAAGACAGCCGAGUCGGGUUCCACUUUGUCAUCCCAGCAUAGUGGUACAACAAGUCCUGAUCUCUUUGAUUCUCAGCCCACAAACAUGACAUCGAGCAAACAAAGUGCAGCUCGAAAAACCCCCGAGUCUUUCUUGGGGCCCAAUGCAGCCUUGGUGAAUUUGGAUUCAUUGGUGUCUAAGCCACCACAGCCUGUUCCAUCAUUGAAUCCGUUCUUAGCUCCAGGGACAGCUACAACACCAACUCCAAUCAACCCCUUCCAAGUGAAUCAGCCCCAGCCCCUCACACUAAAUCAGAUGAGAGCAAGUCCCGUGAUGGGCACGAGUCCUUCUUUUAAUGCUGUGCCAGCAAUGAGCAUGGAGCCAAUACCUCUGUCUUCCAUGGCACCAGUGGCUGUGGGAAUGGCGCCGUUACCAGCUGUAGGCACCAUGGCAUCUAUCACUCGAAUGGGCCAGGGGAUGAACAUGAACAUUGCAGGAUCGAUGACCCAGCCGCUUCAUAGUAUGGGAAUCCCUCCAUCAGCACCCCAGCCCACAAAUACAACUAACCCUUUCCUCCUAUAAAGACCCAAUCGAAGGAACUUUCUUUUCGUAAUGUUUCCAAGCUGAAGUCUUUGGAGGAAAAUGAACAGGAUCUGCUUGGACUGAAUGGCGUGUAAGCGACUUGAAAGUAGAUUUGCAGUUUACAGUUACAAACUUUGAAGAGUUGUCUGUACUUACCAGUUAAUCUAAAUCUAGUCUUUGCUACAGAUGGUACCUUACUUUGGCUUGUUGAGCAUUACAUGAAAUGUUCAGACUUUUCGCCAAAGUUAGAUUAUGUCCAUUUUCUUACUUUGUUAACCAUUUCAAUACACUUUCUAGGGAGAACCUGCCAUUUUAAACUCCAUUUGCUAUUUUGUAGAUGUCAGAUGUGCUGGAUCCUAAAAUUACUAUUACCUACAGCUGUUCAUAUGAUAGACCUGAGACUUGGAGUGCUAGUGAAUGGUUUUGCACAUAACUAUAUACAGUUCUAGACUGUUGGUUCACCCAUAGUCCUUAUUCUUAGAAGAGAGCCCAGAAGGCUGAUUUUACGCAUUAAACGUUGCAACACAAAAUCUCACCGCUUUCCUGACGGUUUGACUGGCAAAGCAGGCUUGUCUCAAAAGGAAAAAAAGCUGAAGAAAAUUCUCAAGUUGUCAAGUAUAAUGUGUGCUGUUGUAUGCAGUGUUGCAUUUGUACACUACUAUCUAAGGACUGCAAAGGAAUUUCCUGUGAGUGGCAUGCUGCACUCGUGCUAAAUGAGUGUUCUGCUCUGUGCUUGUCCAGUAGUGACUUCGUUUGGAAGUGCUUGUGUGUAUUUUAUUUUUAUUUGACUUACAAUGUGAGACGAAAGAAAAACAAAAUAUAGUGGGACAACUUUGAAUUCAGUUUCACCGGGGCAAGCUUUAAAACUAAUUCAGGCUUAACCUUGCUAUAUGCAGUUACUCUUGUACACUUUUGCACAUAUUUUGUUUUUAGUACAGUUUCAUAUUUGAGUUUGCAGAAUAACCUAAUAGUCAUUUUUUUUGCUAAUUUUUAUAAUGUGGUUCUUAUUUAACUGUCUAGUUUUGAUAGACUUUUAUCAGGUCAGGCUGAAAAAUUAAGAUAUUGGCCAAUGUCAUUUUUAUGGUUGAAUGCCCUCCUCCUAUUUAUGCUUUUAGCUCUUUGUUUCUGUAAAGAAAAUUUAAAAGGGAAGAUUAACACUAAAAUAUUUUUUUUUGAAUUAAGACUUUGUAAUGAAAUUUAAAACAAAUUCUCAUGACUAAUUACUUUUUAGAGGAAAUGAAUUUGAACAUAUGACUUGUGACUACAUUUAGAAAACACUAAUGCUGCCUUUCCUUUAAUUCACUCGCCAUUUUCUGAUGAUUACCAAACUGAACAAACUGCGAGCCUCUUUAAGAAAGUCAUGAGGCUGUUUUUCUUUUUGUAAUAGUGACUUCUGGAAAUUUUAAAAAUUCUAAAUCUAUGAAAGUGGCUCAUUGAUUAGAUUUUUUUAACUAAAGGUGCACUCCAUGUCAGUGACUGGUUCCAUUUACAACUGUUCAUUUAAACUGAACUCUACAGUUUUAACUCACAUGUCUUGGAUUCAUCAGCGCUGAACCAUGCGCAGGUUUCAGUCAGCGUUACUGGUAUAAACCCGGCCUUCUCUAAGAUGGCAACAUUUUAAAAGCUCUGCUUUCACAUGGUAUGCAAACAUACCCUGGGCACAUUUAGGGGAAUAUCCUAGCUCUUGUAACUUUUUCAAUUGGGGCAUCUCUGCAUAUGAACUGAUGUCCUUUUUGGUGGCCUUUCCCUGGAUUACGAAAAAGCUGAAACAAAUUAAUGGCAGAGCUCCACUUUCUGGUGUAAUUAUACUAUGUGGAUUGUAACAGCCCCCAUUAGUGUGCCAUAAAAAGGAAGCACUGAUUGGUGUGAAAGGAACGGGAUUUCUAUGCUUUUGCCAGAGUAAAACCGCUGAAAAACCAUCCUAACUAGGGUACGGUCACGCAUUUUAGAUGUGUAGGUUGGAGUAGAUCUUGGUGUACAGAAAGCUAAGUGCAUGGGUGUUACUAUGCAGAUUGUUCUAUCCUUUUGUUGCUAUUGGGUUUUCAAGUAGGAUUCAGAAUAUUAACCUGCUCAUAUUUUAUAUAGGAGGAAAAACGACUGUCCACACCCAGAAAGUCUUCAAAACCAAACCAUUCAUGUCGUCUUUCAAAAUAAGGAAGAAAAGACUUUUUGGUCAUUAAUCAAUAUAGGCCAGAAAAAGCGUAAUUAUUGCUAGCAGUAGGAACUUUUACGGGUUGUGAUAUAAGCAGAUGAAAAAAAUAAUUUCCAAUUGGUCUGUGGCAAGAUCACUCCAUGUUUUCAAUUUAAUUUUCUCAACUAUGGAGUUAGUUCAUUUGAUAUUUUCCCAGGCUUUAGUUAGUCAGUUGCUUGUAUGUGCGAAGUGUAGAUAAGGGCAUUAUCCAUUCAGCCAACAGGUUCUGACUGCAACCUCUGAAAGACUUUAGACAGCUUCAUUUGGAGGCAGGAUGGAGCUGGUCAUAUUUGUAAUUCUUUGAAAAUCAUCUGCAGCUCAGAGUAAUGAGCUAUCCUCAUGGAGUGAUAAUAAUUUACUAUUGGCCUGGUAGGGAACUUACAUGCCCUGGUUGAGUGAAGCUGCUGAGUGGCAAAUUGUAGUUUUUACUAGGCCACUUUUGUAAGAGCGCUACUACUUUUUACAUACAUUGCACAAGAAACCAUGACAAGGCACCCUGUGUCUGAGCAGUGAUAAACAUGUCUCAUGGCGCUACAGAGCACUUGGCCAAGGAAGUUAACGGCCUUAAGAUCCCCAGCCUGAAGUGUGUGUUGGGAUACGAAAUCAAAUAAAAAUGAGAACAUGCAGAUGGUUUGGUAAAUAUCUUUUUUGUUUCUGAGAUAGCAGGCAUCCCUGUGUCUGCAAAGAUCUCAUGCAUACCGGUGGCAUAUAAACAACAAUGAAAGCUGGUUUCUGCCCUAGCCAAUCAAAGCAUCGGUUGUGUCCAGAAUGUUAUAUCCAUUUCAUGGUCAUCAGUGGUUAAACUGAUUUUCUUUCUUUUCUUUUCUUUUUUGAUGGAGCACAUUGUGUACCUGAUCUCAUUCACGCACUCAUUUCUCCAGACACCCCCUUCUCUCCCAGAUAAUACGGUGCUUUUGAUUUAAAAUGUUAGUAUCCCAAAAUAGCCUUACUGGUCAAAUUGACCAAAGAUAAAUAGUGUUAAUUAUUUUGUAAAAGCAUCUUGGUAUAAUUUUAAGCCCCAAAAUAAGCUCAGUUAUUUAUUCAGUUUUAUACUAUGUAAAAACUAAAAUGUCUUGAGGGGACUGGAAAGGGAGACCAUAGUGGGUUGUGCUGUUUACAGUCUCUUUGAAGUCCCAUAGCUAAGACCGCUUUUGUUAUCCAUCUUCCCUUUACUGUUGCCGUUUCUACUGUGUACUGUAUGUGUUAAUAUUGCACAAAUUGUGGAGAAAUAUACGGUUUAUUUUUCACAGCAGAAUCUCACAAAACUCGCUUCCUUUACAAGUGUUAUAAUUGAAAUAUUUACCAAACUGUUUUCAUAAUACUGGGAGCAGGCUGCUUUUUAUGAAUUUGUGCUGACUAUUGACAUUAUUUACUGUAUAAAUAUAAUUUAUCAUUUGUACUAUUGUAUCAUAAUGUUCUGUAUCUGUGUCAUUUUUUUCCCUAGUGAUGUCACACAAAUGUGAUAUUUAAUAAUGCCAUCAGAACAGUGGAAUGACAAGGGGUUUGUAGGUGACUGGUCAGAAUUAAAACUGUAUUGCUUAUA